AUGAGUGAACUUCCUGAAGAACCGACUCGCCACGAAGAGAGAGAGUUAAAAUGGAAAAUGGCAUACACAGCUCGCAUGCGACGGAUAGUCCCCGGCCUCGUCCUCGGAAACGUCGAGGCAUCACAUAAUCGGGAAAUGCUUCUCGAACACCACAUCACCGCCGUCGUCUCUUUGACAGAUGCUCGAUGGGUAUGGUGGAACUCCUCGACCAGAAACGCAGGAAUCCCCGAACAUCGUCAUAAAUGGAUCCAAUGUGUUGAUUCGUCGACGCAAGACCUUCUGUGUCAUAUGAGUGAUAUCUGCGACUUCAUCGACGAGAUGGCAUUUCCUGCUCUUUCCCCAUUAUCUCAACUAUCUGUCGAGCAUGGCCACCAAACGAAUGAUGAGCCAAACUAUGAACCGCCAGAGGCUGUACUGGUUCAUUUUGAUCUGGGAAUCUCCCGCUCGCCAACCGUCAUCAUUGCGUAUCUCAUGCGUAAACUUGCUAUGAAACAAGCAGAUGUAAUGGAAUUCGUCCAAUCAAAACAGAAAGUCAAACCGAGUGCGAAUCUCACGCGUCAAAUUCAGGUUUGGGAGGAGACGAGAUACGAAGUCUGGGAGGACGAAUAUAGGACUGUUCCGAAAGCACCGUAUAAAGCAUUCUUGGAACAUCGGGCUGCUGUUCUGAAGAGUAAGGGACUUACUGGUGAUGAGCCGCUUGCGCCGCUUGCGCCGCUGAGUUUGGUAUGA